UCGGCAUUCGGUUUUUGAAUCUUUUGGCGUGCGGACGUUACGUAGUGCAGUGUUCUGAUCCGAGAUUCGUCUUCGGAAGCGUGUAUUUUGGUGCCGUUUUAUCACGCUAUCUCAAUAACAGCGAUAACAACAACAGCAGCAUUGGCCACUAAUUAAAUGCUGAAGUGUCUGUGUGUCAAUUGAAUCUGUACGACUUUGAUUAAAUUAAAUUACGAAUUACAAAGUACAAUACCAACCAGCAAUUAACGGUUAUUGCACCGGACCAUCGCGGUAAUUUUAACAAUUUGAUUGGGUGCCAAAAGAUAUUUUUUACACACACUCCUUUUUUGGGAUAAUUAAAAGGACAGCGUGUCCUUCUAGUGGAGUGAGUGUGUGUGCAGUGGUUGUGGAGGAAUUUCUCAUUAAACCGGCGCUAAAAGGAUUACGAACCCGUUCAUCUUCAUCAGACCCGCAGCGAACCAGAUAGCGUUUCCUACUCUGCAACAUUUUUAUCGACCGGAAACUUCACCCCGAAAACAGAUCUUGAAAUUAUGAUGUCGCAUCAACUGCAGCAGACACGUCGCCGUUUGGGGUCCGUUAGUGAUUCCGCACCGCCAUCGGAGUCCAGUGAGGGCACCGGCUCCUCCUCGGAGCCCAGGGACGAGUUGAUCCUCCACCCGGACUGGUCGGCCCACUCGCACUCGUCGGCACAGAGGAGCAGUGCCCAUGGAACCACAUCGCUGUACAAUGCCUCGGAUAUCGAUGAGGAUACCAUCAGCACGGACACCACGAGCAACACAAAUCUCUCCGACUACGAACGUGGCCAGGUGGAGAGUUUCUUCGGGGGAUUGGGCACGGAGAUAUUCGUGAGUGGCGCCUUGGCCAAUCUCUACGAGGGAACCGGAAACGAUGGCGAUUGGCGCCUGGUCUUCACUGGCAUUCCGGUGAUUCUCCACGAUAAGGGCAACUCCAAGGCCAGAUCCAUGCCGAGGGUUACUCUCGUUUUGGCGGAGAGGGGUUCCUGCUUUGCCCUCUGGUCGGACCGGAUUGACAACCUAUCGAACUACAGGAUUGCGGGUCCGUCGUUUCACACGAUGUGCCGGUCGAGCAACCACCAGCAGAUGAUUGGCUUCAGCUUCGAUUCCACAGAUGCCGCUCGCGAAUUGUGGCAGCAUGUAGAGCGUUUGGUCAGUGAUCCGGAGAAUAUAGCUCUUACUGUUCCCGGGACCCGGAAGCAGAAGAAGCAGAAGCGGGUGAAGCCGGCGCCGUUGCCGCCAAAGUCGCAGAUCUCGCAUCCGUGCCAAUUUCACCACGUGACCAGUGUUGUAAAGGAGGACAGCGAACGGUACUACAGCAUGCAGGCAUUCGGACCCCCGAAUCCCCAGCAGCAUCGUUGAGUAGGGUCGGGCGCGUGGAUCUGGAACACGAGCGCCCUCUGGUGGCAGAACUGAGCAUGCCACAGUAAUCCCCCGAUAACAAAAAAUCCAGCAUUAGUUUCUAAACACACCUAGUUGUUAGCUCCAUUUGUUAUAGGCCUAAGUUAUGCCAAUGUGUAAGUGCGACACAUUUAUCUGUGAUACGAUUUAGGCGUCUUUAGUUUAGAAGAGAUAACUAACACAAAAAUUAAAAUUUGAUAAAGAACAUUUUUAACGUAAAGUAUAGUAAAUAAAUUGAGAACUUUUCCAAGUUAUUACAAACAUAUUUAACGAUUAACGUUUGUCAAUAAGCAAGUUUUUGUAACACCUUUUUCUAAUAUCACGCAUAGACACAUAUGUAUACCCUUAUGCAUAAUUAUAUUCGUACCAUAUAGUCCUUAUAUCUAUCGAGUAAUCUGUAUGUCCACGUUCGCAGACAGUGCGAAUUGCGAAUGAUUUUUGAUGCCUAAAAAGCUUGUUUUCUUAUCGGAUUAACGACUAAGCCCAGACGAAGAAACAUAAACUGUUUUUGAACUCUAUGUAUCAUAUUAUAUACAUGCAUAUAUAUGCUAUAUAACACCUAUCUAUAUAUUGUACGUAGCUCUAAGCAUUACAUCAUAGCCACUUGUCUGUACUCUGAACUUCAUAUUUUGCCUGUGCAAAACAAUCGCGAGAAUCAAAUAAAGCUGACAGAAAAAAGCAAA